AUGGGUAAGAGACACAAGGGAGAAUUUCAAAGGAACAAUUUACGAAUCACUGGAGUCCCAGAAAAACAGGGAGGGACCCUCUGCUUGCUGAAGACGGGCGUCCGCGAUGGCGUGAAUAAAGGAAAGAGUUUCUACGUCUGCCGGGCGCGCUCUUGCGGCUUCGUGCGGGCCACCGAUAUUCCUGUGUCUCACUGUUUAUUGCAUGAGGACUUCGUGGUGGAACUUCAGGGAUUGCAUCAACCGAAGGACAAGAAUGAAUACACAUUGUUCUUCCGGUGCAGUAAAAGUAAGGCCGAGGGGAAGCAGUGGUGCGGAGGUAUCCCGUGGCAGGAUCCUGAUUUCAAGGAAGAAGAACAUGGUGUAGUCAUUAAAUCCCAGCCUGCCUCUGAUCCAUUUUACAGUCUUUCCAGCCAGCAGAGAAACCCAUUUAAGGUACUUAACAAGAAUCAAGAAUCUUCCCUCUGGAGACAGUUCCUCAAAGGUGAGGAUGAGAAAAACUUGGCUGAUAAGAAGCAAAGGACAAAGGAAGAUGACAUCUUGGGUCAGGGGAGGGAGCAGAAGACUGAAUCUGUGAUUGAGGAGAAACAAUGGAAGCCAAAAUGCGCGAAUGAAAAAAAGAAACAGAAGCCCACAGCUCAGUGCCAGGUGGAGAAAGAUUGCUCGUCCAACCUGGAGGUCAGGAAGAAGCAAGUAGCCACUCAAGAGAAGCAGCAAGGGCAAAGGACAGAGGUUCCUAGUGAAGCGAAGGCGACUGAAGGGACCGACCAAAAAGACCUGUUGGUGACUGCAUUCACGCAGAGCCACGAUGGUGACCUAACAAAGUCCAUUGCAUCCUUUCCAAAGAAAUCACAUUGGAACAGCCAGCCAGUGAAGGAAGGAGCAGCGCCUCUGAGGGCAGAGGGAUGCAGACCUUUACCGCAGGAAGCUCACAGCCAGAGCCCACCGGGCAAGCCUCAGAAGGGGGCACACCUCCACAAGGAGCACCCCAGGGACCUGGAAGCCAGCAGCACGGAGCACAGCCCCGGCACACAGACCGAGCACGUCCGGGCUCAGCCAGGGCCAGUGGUACCUCCUGCGGCACUGGCCGCCGGGCUGUCCUGGGAAGCCCGACGAGCGGCUGACUCUAGCAGCAGUGACAGCGAGGAGGACGAGGGGGCCUCGGAGUACCUGACGCCGGGGAGCCCCUUACUCUUUGAUGAGACUCCAGACUCCCUGAAGGAGGACCCCAGCCCCCCUGCUCAGGGCAUGCAGAAAAGACCGUCUCCUGUCGGAGGGGUUGCCCAGAAGGUGGGAGCUCUAGACCUGGAGGCCCGGCGGACGUACCUCACCACGCAGCUGAGACAGAAGAAGAGCACACUGGCGUCGGUGAAUGUCCAGGCUCUUCCAGACAAGGGCCAGAAGUUGCACAAGCAAAUCCAGGAGCUGGAGGAUGCACUCGGCGCCCUUGCACUCUGCCCAGAGCAAGAUACUCAUGAGACAAGUAACACUCAAGUACCGCAGCAGAGUAACUUCUCCAAGCCUGCCUCUGAGCCUCCCCACUUGGUGGCCCCCCAGCCCCUACAGCGUCAGGAACUGCAGCAUUUUCGGGGGCAGACAGCUACCAGAGAAACUGGCCUUGCACAUCUCGAUCCCUUCCAUGCUGUUUGGAAGGUCACAAGUGAAGCCAUUGAGGAGCUGCAUCAGUCCCUCAAGUCUUGUCCUGGUGAUUCCGCCAUGGCAGAGGACCCCGCUGGGCUGAAGGUCCCCUUGCUGCCACACCAGAAGCAGGCCCUGGUCUGGCUGCUCUGGCGGGAGAGUCAGAAGCCACGAGGAGGAAUUCUGGCGGAUGACAUGGGAUUAGGAAAAACCCUGACAAUGAUCGCACUCAUUCUUACCCAGAGAAAUCGGGAGAGAACCAAAGAAAAGGACAACAGAAAAGCUGUGACUUGGCUUUCCAGAGAAGACUCCUCUGAGUGUGUUUCCCACGGAACGCUAAUCGUCUGCCCUGCUUCCCUGAUCCAUCAUUGGAAAAACGAGGUGGAGAAACGUGUGAGCAGCAGCAGACUCAGAGUCUGCCUCUAUCACGGGCCACACCGGGAGCAGCGUGCCAGAGUCCUGGCUACCCAUGACAUUGUGGUCACCACCUACAGCAUUCUGGCCAAGGAGGUCCCUACGAAGAAGCCGGAGGAGGAGAGCCCAGGUGGCGAUCUCAGCAUGGAGGGCACCUCGACACCUUUGCUUCGCAUCAACUGGGCUCGAAUCAUAUUGGAUGAAGCCCAUAAUAUCAGGAACCCCCGAGUACAGACUUCAUUAGCGGUGUGUAAGCUACAGGCCCAGGCCCGAUGGGCCGUCACUGGAACCCCCAUUCAGAACAACCUCCUGGACAUGUUCUCACUGCUGAAGUUUCUGCGCUGUUCUCCAUUUGAUGACUUCACGCUGUGGAAGAGUCAGGUCGACAAUGGGUCACAGAAAGGAGGAGAACGGUUAAGUAUCGUGACCAAGAGCCUUUUGCUGAGGAGGACAAAGGACCAGCUGGACUCCUCCGGAAAACCCUUGGUGACGCUGCCUCAGCGCAAAUUCCAGCUGCACCGUCUAAAGCUUUCUCAAACUGAGCAGAGUGUCUACAGUGUCCUUUUUGCAAGAUCGAGGUCAGCUAUGCAGUCCUAUCUAAAGAGACACGAAAGUGGGAACUGCAAGACUGGAGGAAACCCUGAUAAUCCAUUUAGUAGAGUGGCGCAGGAGUUCGGGACUGGCGGGUUGGGAGACUCAACCAGGUCCAGCACCGUCCACAUCCUGUCGCAGCUGCUGAGGCUCCGUCAGUGCUGUUGUCACCUGUCUCUGCUGAAGUCGGCGCUGGAUCCCACAGAACUGAAGGGGGAGGGCCUGGUCCUGUCCCUGGAAGAGCAGCUCAGUGCUUUGACGUUAUCCGAACUCACCACAUCCGAAUCAUCUUCUACAGUGGCCCUGAAUGGCAAAUGCUUCAAGAUGGAGCUGUUUGAGGAUGCAAGAGAGAGCACCAAGAUUUCUUCUCUGUUGGCUGAAUUGGAGGCAAUUCGAAGACAUUCAGCGUCCCAAAAGAGUGUCAUCGUCUCUCAGUGGACCAGCAUGCUCAAAGUGGUAGCACUGCACCUUAAGAGACAGGGACUGACUUACGCCACCAUUGAUGGCUCCGUCAACCCCAAACAGAGGAUGGACUUGGUGGAGGAGUUCAACAGCUCCAGGGGCCCUCAGGUCAUGCUGAUCUCUCUCUUGGCUGGAGGAGUCGGGCUAAACCUGACUGGAGGAAACCAUCUUUUCCUUCUGGAUAUGCACUGGAAUCCGUCACUUGAAGAUCAAGCUUGUGACCGAAUUUACCGAGUAGGACAGGAGAAAGAUGUUGUCAUCCACAGGUUUGUGUGUGAGGGAACUGUGGAGGAGAAGAUUCUACAGCUCCAAGAGAAAAAGAAAAACUUGGCCAGACAGGUGCUGUCCGGGUCCAAGGAGUCCAGGAUUAAGCUCACAUUGGCUGACCUCAGAGUCCUUUUUGGCAUCUAAGUCCUGCUCAUCAAGUUCAGAAUAGCAGAACAGUGUCACUGUUGGUUCCAGUAAGGCGCACCAUGGCUCUCUGCACUCUGGUAUUUGAUUUCACCAGAAGCCUUACAUACCCUCGUGAGAAUGACCCAGGAUCUUCUUAUCCCCUGAACGGAAGAUCACUCUUAUCAAUGGUUUUAGUCAGUCAUCAGGACAUUAAAUGUUUUAUAUCACCCAAUCAUGUUAAUCAGUUUGAGUGACAUAGAAGCAAUGAAUUACUUCAGAUAAAAGAAAAUGCGUUUGUGUUUAAAA